GGCGGACGGUCGGGACGGGCAGCGGAUGUGGACCAAUGAGGGCGCCGGUAAAACGGACUAAGCUAGCCCGUCCGGAUACUCGACUUCCACCUCAAACCACAGUCGAACGUCGUCUUCGUCUCCCAUCGCGACUCUUGGUACCCCCCUCCACUCUACCCCAGGUAUUAUCUAUUCUCAAUUCCGACGAAUCAGUCCCCUCAUUGCUCGAGAGCUGCUUUUGACAAUCGAUUGUUUACUAGUUCGCGCACACACCCUUCGCACACAAUGUUCCUUCGCUCCGUCACUCGCGCUGCUGCUCGCAGCUCGGCAAUGCCCACCACGGCCCUUCGCUCCUACCGCGCCGUUCCGGGCCCAAUGGCCUGCAUGAACGCUCGUCCCCAGACUGAGAAGAAGUCUAUCGCUCCCCAGCAGACCCGCGCCGCAUCCGAGCAUGCCAUCUCGAAUCCCACACUCGCCGGUAUUGAGAAGCGCUGGGAGGCCAUGCCCCCUCAGGAGCAGGCCGACCUGUGGAUGCAGCUGAGAGACCGCAUGAAGGUCGACUGGCACCAGAUGACUCUUCAGGAGAAGAAGGCCGCCUACUGGAUCUCUUUCGGUCCCCACGGCCCUCGCACCCUGCCCCCCAAGGGCGAGAACCUCAAGAUCUUCGUCAAGGUCGUCCAGCUCACCCUUGUCAGCUUCGGUAUCUUCUACGUCAUCCACCUGUUCGCCAAGCCCCAGCCCAAGACCAUGUCCAAGGAGUGGCAGGAGGCCUCCAACGAGUACGCUCUGCAAGAGAAGAUCAACCCUAUCUACGGUAUCAGCUCCGAGGGUUACGAGGGCAAGGGCUUCGUCCAGAGCCCCCCUGCUGAGAAGCAAUAGAUUACUCCAAUUCCUCGGGAGGGACAGGUAUGACGACUGGGUGUGCCGUGGAAGGGCAGUGCUGGGCUACAGG